AUGGCGUCUUCACCUGAUGAUGCCACUACGGUGGAAGUCACGGUAGAGAUGGUAGCGCUCGAUCUGAGUCGCAACGACGACGUUCAUCUUGCAGGUGCAGAGUCAGGGAGGCCUCUGGAGACAACAAGCGAUUCUCCUCCACUUGCUCAUGACCAGAGCAACAAUCUUCGUCAGCUUUCCGAUGACCAGACAAGCUCUAUCCGUUCGCCUGCUGACGACCAGACGAACUCUCCUCCACCAACAAGUCGGCCACUUCCAAACCUACCCUCAAUGCCACCAGAAAUCCUCCAACAGAUUCUCGAAUCAGUCAUCCCCAUAGAACCGGCCAAGAUCCCACGCUACCCGCCGUACGACGCGCCGCGAUCCCGAGGGCUCAGGAAACGGAUCUGGGCAGGGUGGUCGGAUCCACAGAUCCACGACUUGUUGUUAGUGUCGAAGGCUUUUCACGGGAUGACGCUAGAUAUUGUGCGUACGCGACAGGUGGAAGAAGACUGGGCUGGCAAGUUUUGGCUGUGGGUUUCUUGA